AUGGAGGACCGAUCCAAUCCAGUCCUCACCCUGCUGGAGGGAACGUCCGUGUCCCGCCUUUUUACACCUCAGUCUCGAGCAUGGUCCGCUGCUCGAGCGAUCCUGGCUGGAGAUUCCGACCUCUCUGGGCGUUCCACGAACCAGAGAAAGUCCAUCACGGCCACCGUAGCCGGUGACAAAGUGGAACUCAACAAUCAUCAGGUGAAUGCCUUGAAUAAGUUCCACAAGGACUACCCAGUUCUUAUCAUCGACAACGCAUACGGAGCCGCUAAGUGCCUCUAUACAGCACUCAUGGCCAUCGAAGCCGUACAGCGCGGGAAGGUUGUCCUAAUAGCGGCCGUACAAAAUACGGCCCUGGACGUUAUUUGCGCAAAACUUGCUCAAAUGGAGACACCAGGUGUACGUCCAGUACGAUACGUAAGUGAGACCCUGGCCCGGGAUGCUAUCCGCUCCGGCCCGUACGACCUGGCCAGUCUGAUGGAACAUAUGCCGCAGACCCACGCCGAGACAAUGGACGACUAUGAGAAGAACGCUUUCAGCGCUUUCGCAGACCCCCGCCGACGUCUGCGCGAAUUCAUCUUCACCGGCGUGGAGCGCAAUCUCAUGGCAUCGGAGCACAAGACGCUCCUUUUCCUCGAACAGGCCAAUUCGGAGCGCAUCAAAACGCUCACGACGAGGUUUCUCAAGAUUUAUGAGCCGAACAUAUUCCUAUGUACCAUCUCAUCGGCCAUAAAUCUCACGACCAAAAAUGGGCUAUGGCGUCGCCCCUCCCGCAAAUGGAGCACUGUCCUCUUGGACGAGGCUUCGAUGAUUCCGGAAGCCACCCUAAUUGGUCUUUUCUCAAGGUUUCCGGACGCCACAUAUACCCUCGUCGGUGACAGUAACCAGUUGCCACCCUACAUCGGCACACAAAGGGCACCGCUCGCGGUCACCCUUUGCUCACGAUCCGUCCUGGACGUAGCUCGGCGCGUCGGCAAUCCCCCAACGUGCAAGAUCAGCACCGUGUAUAGGCCGCAUCCGAACAUGAUGGAGCUCAACUCGCGCAUCUUCUACAACGGCGAGUUGGUCUGCGGCACUACCAAAGAGGCCCGCCUCGCGCUUCUCAACCGGGUCUGGAUGCUCAACCCGGACCUUCCGAUCGCUUUUAUAAUAUCAUCGGCGAAUCGGUACAGUCGGUGA